AUGUCCAACCCUCUCGCCUCCCAUCCGCCUCACAUCCUCGCCCUCCUCCAACGCCUCCACGCCGAAUCCUCCGCCCAGGAAUCCGCCCUCCCCCCGUCCACCUACACCACGCCCGCCACCGGCGCCUUCCACACCCUCAUGCGCGACAAGUUCAUCGCUCUCGAACAGGACAAGUGCCUCUUCCUCUACCAGCUCGCCCGCUCCCUCCACGCCACCACCAUCGUCGAGGCCGGCACCUCCUACGGCGUCAGCACCAUCUACCUCGCCCUCGCCGUGGCCGAUAACCUCGCCCAUCCGCGGGCUCCGAGCGACGCCCACGCGACCGGCACCGUCAUCGCGACUGAGUACGAACCCGCCAAGGCCGCGCAGGCGCGCGCCCACUGGGCCGAGUGCGGCGACCCCGUGCGCGGCGUGAUUGACCUGCGCGAGGGCGAUCUACGCGAGACGCUGAAGGAAGGCGUGCCGGAUGGAGUGGAUCUGCUGUUGCUGGAUAUCUGGACGCCGAUGGCGCUGCCGACGCUGAAGCUCGUACAGCCCAGGCUGCGGCCCGGCGCGGUGAUUGUGGCCGAUAACACGGCCAGCUCGGCCGCGGGAUACGAGGAGUUCCUGGAGUAUGUGCGAGCGCCGGGCAGUGGGUUUAGUUGUCUGACCCUGCCGUAUAAGGGGGGCUUGGAGAUGAUUGUGUAUUCGCCUUGA